AUGGCACUCGUGUCACCCAUAAACAUCGCGGCCCUUCACCAAGCCGGUUCAAGUCAGACCCAUGCAUUACAGAUGGGAAGCUCUAAGAGAUACCCCGAUGCAUGGGAGAAGUCUGAAGAGCCCGUUAUUCCCGGCCCUGGCUUAUUCGAAAAUCUUCCGCAAGGAAACCAAGGACCUGAAGCUCUCCCUACCCCCAGUGAAUGCGCUGUACAUUUAGAGAUGCUUGAGGUUUUCCACGCCCUGCGCAAUGAAGUCAUCCAGUCACAAGACUUGGAUCGAUCCUUUAAUAUUAAACCAAAGAACAAAGUAGUGUACCGCCCAAAGCGGGAAGGCGCUCGAUAUGUGGCCGAGCCUCUUUCUCUAAAGGAUGGUACUUUUGAGCGACGGAGGAAGGCGAAAUGGACGUAUUACUUGGAACUUGCGGUGACACGAUUUCACAUUUGGAUUGCGCAGAUUGAUAUGCAUCUGGGAGAAUCUAAAUCGAGUUCAAAGCAACUUCCUCAGCUUUUCUUACUGCCACCUCUUGUCAAGCUAGAUGUGCUGGUUGUGUGGCAUGCCUUUCUGCUAAAUUGCUCUGACUUCAAGGAAUACUGCAACAAACGGAAGCUAGAGCAUAUCCAGGAGAUUGCCUUCCCUUGGUCGGAAAUACACGAUGCCAUCGACUCCCGCAAUUGGAGAUACACUCUCCCAGCGACACAUGCACAAUGGCUCCUCACCGUCGGCGGAAUCCAUCCCGACCUAUUAGAUGCUAUUGUUAGAGCCGAGCUGAAGAGUAAUGUCGCAAAACGUCUUCUCACCAAGUUCAGUACAUCAUUUUUCAACCGAAAUAACACCAACACCCUAAAUUUCAAUCACGACAACGCUGGAGAUAGGAUGGCCGCUUUCGCUGGGAUGGUCUCGACCGCUGCUGCUGACCAAAAAGAGAACAGACCUCUGGUCGAGAAUGUGGAGCGUCAGUGUGUAUUUGUUGACAAGAUGCAUGCCCAUCGAUGGAUUCGCAGCCCUGCUGUGGAAGGUACGAUGCGUCGGGCUGUCGAUCGAUACGACAAAUUCCUGCAUCUCUUCCAUCUCUACCCUUAUAGAUUUCUCGUCCCAACACUAGACAUUGAUCUCGUCUGGCAUACACAUCAGUGCAGUGCUGAUCAUUACCGUCAAUUUGUGACCACGCGGGCUGGUCGGUUCAUUAACCACGAGGACAAGAUCAGUCGGGGCACGCUGGACCAUGGAUUCACGAAUACAGAGGAUUUUUAUCGAUUGAGCUUCGGCGAACAGUACCAGGUUUGUCUGUGUUGGUCUUGUGAGGCAAUUCUGUCUGCAGUCGAGGAACGAGAGGAGGAGGAUAUCCUGGAUACGACCACCCCUGAUGUUAGCGAUCUAGCAAAGAGUGUGGAUAAGAAAGUGCACUACUACCAGGAAGUUGAGGUUUGUAGGAGGAUGGGACGACGGCUUCCAAUUUGGACACAGGACGCAGGGACUGUGAUGUAG